CCUAGUCACAUUUGGCAAUGUGUCAUAAUUCUGCAGAUAACAUAUAGCAAUAAAGUUGAUGAAGCGCCACAAUGCCACGACUGCGAUUACGAGUAGAUAUCGACUCAAAUUCGGUUUCAGUUGGUCUCAAAGAGCAGUUAUUCAUGUGAAAGCAACCGAACAGCAAGCACCAUACGACUAAAAUAGAUCACGGUGACAAUACUCGAACAAUUUCGUACUUGGAGCAAAAUGCCCAAGUUAACUGGCUGAGUCGGUGGCCAGCUCCAAAACGCUUUAAACAUAUAAAGUGACCUUAAUCACGCAAAAACAACGUUACGGAUAGCAGACACAGAGACGGAACCGGAGUAGAACGGAGCUGGAUUCAGAAUGCGACGACCAAAAAUAUCGCUGAAAAAGUAUUUCUAUUUUACAUUGAUUUGUGCGCUGCUGCUGAUUUUUGGCUUUAAUCUCAAAGAGUACGAGAUAUGGAAAUCGAACCGGGAGCCGCGAUCCCUAUUGUCGGUUACCCAACAGCAGCAGCAGCAGCGACAACAUGAGGCAAUAAAUGAGAUGAAAGGCUUGAUAGUUUGGGAAACCACCUCAACAUACGAAUCAGCGCCGCCAGCUUCGCCCGUACCGGCGUCCGACCAGGAUCAGCAGCUGCAGGAGUUAGACGCAGAGGAGGAGGGAGCAGCGGGAGAUAGGCGUGCACAGACAGCGGCUACAGCUAAGCCCUGGUUCUUUCGGAAUGGUGAAUACUAUCCGAAGCCGGCGAAGACAUUUAGCAAUCGCAAGGCAAGGAAAUUGCAUGCACCGCGACUAUUUCCACAGGAGGAUCAACACGGUGAUCGUGUUGUCAACCAGCUGAUGUAUGUGCCGCACAAUUACGAGCAGAUCAAGGCGAGUGGCAAGCUGAAAACCAUCUUGCUGUAUAACGGACUGGGGCCGUGGAAUGUAAAAAAGGGUCGCGAGGUUUUCCUCCGCUCCAAGUGCCCGGUGGAUACCUGUGAGCUGACUGCCAAUCGUGAUCUGGCCAGCGUGGCCGACAUGAUACUCUACAAGGACACAUACAUACCCACAGGGAUUCGCCGGCCCAACAACCACAAGCAGGUCAACAUGAUGUACUAUCUGGAAUGUCCAUAUCAUACGCAAAACGUCAAAGUGCCGGAUGCCAUCAACUGGACGGCAACCUACAGACGUGACAGCACUGUGAUGGCGCCCUAUGAGAAAUGGCAGUACUACGACAAUAAGGUGCAGCAGCAGGAACAGGAUCACAAUUAUGCUCUCAACAAGACGAAAAAGGUUGCCUGGUUUGUGUCCAAUUGCGGGGCGCGCAACGGCCGACUGCAGUACGCACACGAGCUACAAAAGCACAUUGAGGUGGAUAUUUAUGGGGGAUGUGGCAAUUACAAAUGCCCUCGAAGCACUGCUGAUAGAUGCUUCGAUAUACUGGACAAUGAUUACAAGUUCUAUUUGGCAUUCGAGAACUCCAAUUGCCGGGAUUACAUAACGGAGAAGUUUUUUGUGAAUGCACUGAAUCGCAAGGUGUUGCCAAUCGUAAUGGGCGCUCGUCCCGAGGACUACGAGGUGAGUGCUCCACGUCGCUCUUACAUCCACGUCGAUGAGUUUGCCUCACCGAAAGAGCUGGCCGAGUAUCUGCACAUACUCGACAAGGAUGACGAGCUGUACAACUCGUAUUUCAAGUGGAAGGGCACCGGUGAGUUCAUCAACACAUACUUCUGGUGUCGUGUCUGCUCCACGCUGCACAACGAGGAUCAGCUGCGUAAGUCGUCCUGGUACCAUGAUGUCAAUGAUUGGUGGCGUGGUGCUGGCAUUUGCACCUCGGGAUCGUGGCGCAACUUUAAGGCGCGCAUGGAUGUGAUUAGCGAUGAUUGAGAUGGGGUCGUUGUCCAGAUAGUGGACGGCGCCGGUGUCAUUACGUAAUCAAAAUCCAAUAUGUGCGGCUAAAUUGUUGUUGUUUUUAGUAGGUAUGUUUGUACUAUGUGUAAAAAUUUCCCUAUUCGCUUUUAUCGAAGCACUCCGGGCCCGGGACCCGAAGUUAAAAUACUACUUGUUUUCUAGCUAGAACUAAGUACAACUAAUCGCUUCUAGUAUAUACAUAUUUUACUGGCGUACUAUUUAAAUAUUAAGCAUGAGCAAAUCGAAAAUCAAACGAGCAUGGGGCAAAACAACAAACAAAAAAAAAACUCGAUUUAAACAUGUUCCUUCCAGGAUUGAAAGAACCGCUUAUCGAAUGUUCAAUACAAAGACAGAGCGCAUAGAAACUAGCCUAUAGACUAAAGAUCCCAAGAAGAUCAUUGUAACAUAUACAAUACCAAAUAAAUAAGAGAAAUUAGUCUAGUUAUACAAAAUAUAUGUACUUAUAUAUAAAAUGAAAUUUAUAUUUUAGUUGUUCAAACAGCAAGUCCAAUAUAGAGCAUAGACAAAAGACCGAAUGGACACUCACAUAAAAACACUCACACCCAUAAAUGUUCAGUAGCUUAAAUAGGUAUUAGCUAUUUAUUGCAGGCAUAUAAACAAGUACAUUCAUACAUUUGCCACAUAUAAUUAUAAAUCAUUUUGUAAGCAAUAUUUUUGUAAGCAACAAAGUCAACAUAUUUUCAUUUCGUCUGCUCAAAGAGUUUUGAUUUAAAUAGCGAUGAUUUUUGUUGCAUUAACUUAAUAAUUAAAUGCUGCAGAGGCAAACGCACAAAGUCGCGCAAUACUCAGCCUUGUCUGACCUUUAUUCUCGUGGUAAGCUUCACUGCUGCAACACCUCAAAGAAACAUUCCUAUUUAUACACUUACUAAUUUGAAUACUUAGCCAUAAUCAUCACCUUUGCUCAGUUACCGCUUUCAACCUAAGUCAGUGUUAAAAUCGUGCCAUUAAGUAAUUAUAUGUGUACCACUUAUUUAUUAUGUGCAUACAUAGCUGUUUAGGAUAGAGUAUUUAAUCUUCGGAUAAUAGCUUUGCUGACUUACUGACUUCGUGUACAGCAAUGUGUACUUAACUAUCAUUUGAUUUUUGUAUAUUUUAAUGUGU